AUGGCUUUAUCUUCUCAUCUUGUUUUCUUUUCUUUGCUCUUUUUUCUAUCACCAAACCGAGUUUUCGCUCAAACCAGUAAUGGCAGAGUUAACUUAGGAGCUUCCCUUUUUGCAGCAGAGAAUUCUUCACCUUGGCUCUCUCAGAAUGGGGAGUUUGCUUUCGGUUUUCGCCAGCUUAGAAACCAAGAUGAUAUCUUCUUCUUGCUAUGCAUAUGGUAUGCCAAGAUACCUGACAAAACCAUAAUUUGGUGUGCUAAUGGAGAUAAGCCGGCUGCAGCAAGAUCAAACGUGGUGUUAACUCCCGAAACAGGACUUGCUCUUACAACUCCUCAAGGCGAAGAGCUAUGGAAAUCUGAGUCAGUUGAUGAAAGUGUUGCUAAUGGUGUUAUGAGUAAUGAAGGGAACUUUAUCCUUGAAGGUAGCAAUUCGAAAAAGUUAUGGGAAAGCUUUGAAAAUCCAACAGAUACCAUUUUGCCAAGUCAAGUAAUGGACAUAGGACAGGUAUUGUCAUCUCAUCAAUCAGAGACUAACUAUUCCAAAGGAAGGUUCCAAUUUCGGUUAAGGGAAGAUGGGAAUGUUGUGCUCAACACAAUAAACUUGCCUUCUGACUAUCCUAAUGAGCCUUACUAUGCAACUAACCUCACUGAUGAACAGUCUAAUUCGGUGACUAUAACCACAACCACUCAGAUAAUCUUCAACGAAACGGGCUACUUGUAUAUUUCGAGAGGAAAUGGCGAAAGGUUCAAUUUAACACAAGGAAGAGUAGUGUCAACAAGGGAUUACUAUGUUCGAGCUUCAAUUAGUUUCGAUGGAGUUUUCACUCACUAUUUUUAUCCCAAGAACUUUAGUAGCAAUGUGAGUUGGACACCUCUUUGGUCUAUACCAAAUAACAUUUGUUUCUCAACCUUUGUUUCAGCAGGUAUUGGAGUUUGUGGGUACAAUGCCAUUUGCAGCCUCAAGAAAAAUAAGAGACCGAAGUGUGAAUGCUUAGAAGGGUACUCUCUACUCAACCAAAAUGACAGUUAUGGAAGUUGUAAACCAGAUUUCAUUCAAGGCUGCAAAGAAGAUGAGAUAACUAGUUAUGGGAAAGAUGCAUAUGAUGUUGUUGAGCUCAAGAAUGUUGAUUGGCCCGGAUCAGAUUUCAUUAGAAUAACACCUUCCACCAAAGAAAUGUGCAAAGAAUCUUGCUUGGAUGAUUGUUUAUGUGCUGUUGCUAUUCUUAGAAAUGGAACCUGUUGGAAGAAGAGGUUUCCUUUAUCAAAUGGGAGAGUGAAUAACAGCAAUCCAACUAUAGCUUUGAUCAAAACUCGAAAGGGUAACUCUACCACUACUACUUUAUCUAAGAAUCCUUUUACAGAAGUGAUCAAGAAAAACCAGAAUGGUUUGGUGAGAGUUACAUUGGGUGUAUUAAGUGCUUCGGUAUGUGUUAACUUUAUGUUACUUGCUGCAAUGUCUAUGGGGUUUUUCAUCAUUUACAAGAAGAGGAAUAAAAGGUCUUUUGCUCCACAAGAAGUUCCCGAGUCAAAUUUGCGUUGCUUUACCUACAAGGAACUCGAAAAAGCCACCGACGGUUUUAAAGAUGAACUCGGACGUGGAGCUUUUGGCAUUGUUUUUAAAGGCUUUCUCGUACAAACUAAUGCUAGCAGUGCCGUGGCUGUGAAGAAACUAAGUCCAACGCUAAUAGAUGGCGAAAGAGAAUUCAAGGCGGAACUGAAAGCCAUUGGCCAGACACAUCACAAGAAUCUUGUUCGGUUACUUGGAUAUUGUGAUGAUGGAGAAAAUCGUUUGUUGGUGUACGAGUUCUUGAGCAAUGGCACUCUAGCAAACUUUCUUUUCGGUGACACAAAGCCUAGUUGGACUCAAAGAUGUGAACUUGCUUUAGGAAUUGCAAAUGGGCUUUUAUAUUUACACGAGGAGUGCAACACUCAGAUCAUACAUUGUGAUAUAAAGCCUCAAAACAUACUUCUCGACGAGUACAACAUUCCCAAGAUAUCAGAUUUCGGUUUGGCCAAACUUCUGAUGAUGAAUCAGAGCCAUACACAUACAGCCAUUAGAGGGACAAAAGGGUAUGUUGCACCGGAGUGGUUUAGGAACAUAGCCAUUACUUCGAAAGUCGAUGUGUAUAGCUUUGGAGUGGUGUUACUUGAGAUUGUUUGUUGUAGAAGAAAUGUGGAUAUGGAAGUUGGUGAGGAAAGGAAAGCGAUAUUGACAGAUUGGGCUUAUGAUUGCUUCAGAGAAGGGUCAUUGGAUGUUCUUGUGGAUUAUGAAGAUGAUGUUUUGGGUGAUAAGAAGAGGUUAGAGAUAUAUGUGAUGAUUUCCAUGUGGUGUGUUCAAGAAAAUCCAUCUCUUAGACCAAAUAUGAGGAGAGUUGUUCAGAUGCUUGAAGGUGUUGUUGAAGUGAGUGCUCCACCAUGCCCCUCACCAUUUUAAAGAUAGGCCAAAAAUUUACUUAACAAAAUUAAAUUAGUGUCAAUUUUACACUUGUCUUAUGUUUGUCCAUAUAGUUGAAACUACUUUCAACAUGUUAUCAUUGGUAUUUGUAAUGUUAUAUGUAUAAACAUGUUUUGAUUCAAAAUAUGAAAAGGAGCAUAAGUGAGGUCUUUCUUUUU